AUGGCAACAUCAUCAGACACGGCCCUGUUUUCUGACACUGGAAGGUGUGACCUCUCCGGAACUCUUCGCAAGUCCAGCACAAGCAUCAUUUUCCAGGGGAUUGCAUCGUCUUUUGCAGAGACCACAUACCUUCUCUCAACAACAACUCGCAUCCCGGUGGAGGGAUCGUCCGUGCCACCUUCGGAAUCUUCGGCAAUUUACAGAACCACAGAUGAGAUGACCUAUGCUCCUACCUCUGACGUCACAACGACAACAUCACCAAAGACGUCAACCACCACUACCACCACUGCUACCACGACAGCAAGAUCUUCGCAAGAAAGUUCGUCGGGUUCACAAGUCUUGGAGCCAUCCACUUUCUUCUCAACAACAACAAGAACAACUACGAGCUCGACGCCAACAACACCUCCGUCAGAUGUCGCUGAGAACGAUGGAGCCACCAAGACGUUCCAGGGCAACAUGCGGGUAGUCAACGGUGCCAGCUUCUCGGAAGAUCUUCUGGACAAGAACUCCGAUGCCUAUAAGCAAAUGGAGGCGGAGAUUAUGGCUUUCAUCAUGAAAGUUCUUGAACAGUGUGGUCUGUCGCAGAGGGUUGGUAGUAUACAGAUAACUGGAUUCAGGUCUGGAAGCGUCAUAGUCAUCUUCACGGUAGACAUCACCUACGAGUCUGCCACUGACCUCACUGCAACAUUUCUGGAAGGCUACCAGUCGCUGAAUCAGACAACUACGUGCUGGACGAAAGCUACACAGAGGUGAAAGAACUAGGAAACCAGUCAUCAAGUUCGCCACAGAUCGACCUAUCCUCCAGCAGCCUCAGUCCGUCUUCCGAGUUCCUCCAGUCACUGGACACACGAGAGACUUCAACAACGGCGCUGCACUCCGCCC